AAGCCUGGGGAUGACGCUGGUGCAUGGCGGCCCGCGCCGCGCUAAAAUAGGUAGGCACAGACAAAAGUAAACAGAGCGACGCCGAGGAAAGAACAGCUCGCACCACAAAAUCUGUACCCAUGCUUGACCCUGUUUUGAACACAGUUCAACGCCGGAAUACAUUGCAAUUGCUCUCAAUGGGGUUCUGACGACUGUUUAUAUACAGUGCACCCACAAUUUCGAGCUCAGACCAGCUGCUCCUCCCCGCAAGCUGCGCCUGUUGAUGCCCUGCUGCCAACGCACCUCCACAUUCGCACACACCGCCCAACGGCCUGAGUAACACCACGUCUGCCCACCGCGACCAACCUCCCCACAGCACGUCGACCGGGAUCGCAUUCCUCGCCCUCACGGGCAUACGCCGUCAUGUCCGGUCCUCCACCACCGCCCCCACCACCGAAGCAUGGCGAGAAUCCCAAAACAACAGGAGGUAGCCAUGCACCGCCGGGGGGUGGCAGUACCGGUGGUAGUGGCUUACCUCCAGGGAACUACGAUAUCUUCAUCAUACCACCUCAUUCGUCAGGAGGUGGGUUCGUGUAUCUUCCCAGCCUGCAGGUGCAGCGGAAUAGCUUCAUGGCUGGCAUAGCCAGCACACUUGCCAGCAUUGCUGUAUGGAAAACAAUAGAGCCUCAGAUCAAGCAGUACUGCCAGCUCGUCACACAGGGCGUGUCAUCCGGUGGUAAUGGCGUGAUACUGCUGGUAGUACUCGUUGGUAUCGCAGGCUGGGUCUUCGGUCAACUACAGAGCGGAGGCAAGUUUGGUGCCUUUGGCUCAGACCAUGGACCUCAAAGUGGCACAGGCGCCGGCGCCGGCGCUGGUACAUCUGGUCCAGGAGCUGGUUACCAGCGUGCCUCGCCGCCACCGAACGGAGGUUUCCCUGGUGCUGGUGCCCCUCCACCACAGGGUGCGCAAGGAGGAUGGGGUGGUUAUCAACAAUAUGGUGCGUCAUCGCCACCUCCUGAAGACGCCGAGUCCACGUUUAAGCAAGAACAGGCCAAAGCUGAGGACGAGCGCAAACGUGCCGAGGAGCGCAAAAAGGCUGAUGAUGAGCGCAAACGAGCUGAGGAGCGAAAACGUGCAGAAGAGGAGCAGAAGAGAAAGGCCGAAACAAAAAGAAGAGAGGAUGAAGCAAGACGUGCCAGAGAAGAAGCAGAUCGCAAACGAGCUGAGGAAGAGCGUAAACAGGCAGAAGCGAGGCGGAAACAGGAAGAGAUGGCACGAAAACUUGCCGAGGAAGCAAAGAAAAUUGCAGAUGAAGUGGCGAGAAAGGCGGCUUGGGAAGAGCUGAAGAAAGCAGAAGAAGCAAGAAAGAAACGCGAAGAAGAAGAGAAGGCCAAAGAGGAGGCUGCAAAACAAGCUCGAGCAAAAGCAGAAAAAGAGAAGUGGGAAAAGAUGAGGCAGCGCGAGCGGGAACAACGCGAGCGCGACGCUCGUGAGAGACUCGCCAAAGAGAAGGCCAAGAAACUGCAAGAACAGCGGGAGAAAGAAGACGCCGAACGCGAAGCUCGCGACAACGCGGCAAGAGCAGCCAUUGAAAAAGAAAUCAGGGAGAAGUUGGCGGCUGAACAAAAGGCCAAGGAAGCCGAAGAAGCAGCCAGGAAAGCUGAGGAUGAGAAGGCCGCUGCAGAAGCUGCAGCUGCGAGAGAGAAGGCUGCUGCCGAAGCUGCCGCCCUUAAGGUGAAGGCUGAUGCUGAAAGAGCUGAACGACUCAAGGCUGCAAGAGAGCGAGCCCAGCGCGACCGUGAGGCGCGACUCAAAGCAGAAGCCGACAAGAUCAAGGCAGAGGCCGCAGAGGCCGCUGCUGCAGCAGUACCGGAUACAGGCCGAAGAUCAACAACAUACGGUGGCAUUGGCGGUGGCGAGCGCCUCGACCCGUAUGCAGGCGCUCGAAGCCCUCCUAUUCCUUCGCCCUCAGUCACAUCCACGCGUUCUUCACCCAUCAAGGCCACUGUCGCGCCCAAGAAGACUUAUGAGCAGCCCAGCGCGAAAUCCUAUUUCGGUACAGACGCACGAUCAAGUGCAUCACGCUCACAUGUGUCUUCCGUAUACUCGGAGUCUUCUUAUGCUGAGUCGGUUUCAACCUCCCGAACAUCACCACCACCAUCAGAGCGGGGACCGUACUCGACCGCCGAUCCAAACAAGAUCGUCAUCAAAGCGGUGUAUCUUUUCAACGACCUCUUCCCAAAGCCAGUGGCGCAGCUGGUGGCCGGUGUUGGCAAGGUAACCGAUGGAUUGAUUUUGAGGGUUCAGUCCGAGGGUCUCUUUAUUGAUGACGACGUACGCAACAUCCCGCAGCGUGAAUGGGACGUAAAGGCCUGGACGUUGAAACUAGUCGAGACCGGCACCCAGCCUACGAAAGGGUUACACAUCCUCCGGGCUUCGAUCCGUGACGCUGACGGCAAGAAGUACGUCUUUUUCAUCGACGAGUCCGAGAGCUGGAAACUUGCGCUUGGUCUCCAGCGACUGCGCAAGGGUAGUCAAGUCCGCAGCUUGCAGAACAGCCAAAUGGCGGCGAGCGACGUGACAAGGCUUCUGAACAUGGUUCCUCCUCUUACAUGAGUGAGUGUUGCAGUUCGUUGCCGGCAACAAGAAGUUGAGAAUUCAGGAAGAGCUGGAGUUCACAGUGUUGUCGUGGCGUGGAAUGCUCUCGCCCCUCGGUGCCAGGUACAUUCCUAGCGUGCAUCAGUGCGACAUUCUUUCGAUGAAGCUAGAGCGAGCAAGCGAUUUGAUGCGAUAUACCCUCUUUCUGAAAGCCUUAUCAGCAUCAGCAUAAGCGGCGGAGUUUUGCAUAAGAUGUCCGUCUGAGAAAUCGACGGUUUUGGGUAUUGGGCGUUGCUAGGGCGCUGUUGAAGUUGAUUGCCUAUUUGUAGAUGUUAGAUGCAACGCUAUUCUCAAAUAUAUUGCUUUCAUCACAGGUCUUGUUGCCU